AUGAGUUGUUUCAGCAAAUGUGCAUUGUUGCUGAUUGCAAUAUUGUCAAUUGUUCUGUGUAAUGUGGUGGUCGUCUUCUCGGCAGCACAAGGACCCAUGACUACUGUUCGCGUUUUCAACCUCCUAGCAGACGACAACAAAGGACAAAAGAUAAAUCUCACCCUCCAUUGUAAAUCGAAGAACAAUGAUCUGGGUAGUAAGUUGUUGCCAGAGGGAAGCUCCUUUGAAUGGAGUUUCGCAAACAACGUUAACAAACCCGCGCUUUACUCCUGCGCUAUAUCUUGGCAAAAUGUCAGUGGGACUUUUGUCAUCUACGAUCAGCACAGAGACUGGGGACGAUGCCAAGAGUGUGUUUGGAGAGCCGAACAAGAUGGAUUGUAUCAAUAUAAUGGUCAACAGGGACCAUUGAUACUUCAGUUACAUUGGCCAUAG